AUGCGUUCGUUCCCCUGUCUGGUAGUUGCUGCAGCUCUGCUGGCCAUCUGUGUGAGGGAAGCGCUGGCGGCAGAGCAGCCUCAGCCCCUGCUGGAUGAAGGAGGAGAUGUUGAUGUCGAUGCAUCAUUGGAGCGUGUGCGUCGUCAAGUUGGAAUAGUUGCCAUCGGCUUGGGUGGUUCUGGCGGAAGGCGUGGUGGAGGAGGAGGAGGAGGGCGCUUCGACGGUCCGUUUAGGAACAACUAUCGCGGCGGUCCCUAUGGCGGACCCUUCAAUGGUGGUCCCUUCUAUGGCGGCGGUCCCUUUGGCAAUCCCUACCAAGGUCGAAGAUAUGCUGGACGCUUUGGUGGCGACUUCUACGGUCGCUGA